UCGUCGGCACAAGGCUGGUGAUGUUUUAUCCGGUAAUGUUUUAAGACUGCCCCCGAAUCUGUCUUACAGAGGGGAAAAAGAGGAGGAGCAGGCAUCCACACUGCUGUUUUUCAAGAGGGUUAGAGAAGAGGAAAUUGAAGUUGAAGUUCCAGUUGAAGAGAGCGAUUCUUCAGGUCCUGGCGACAACUCCAUGACCCAAACUGCUGGAGAGGAGAUAAUCUUGGACUCGGGGGAGAAAAACCGGCAGCCCACUAGGACUGAGGCUCGAAUGGUGUAUCACAUAGAGCUUCAUGUAGCAGUGAACAUUGUCCCAGAGAGAUUCACGAAAUCCAUUGUCUUCUACUUUCUCAGGAACACAAAAGAGGUCAUCUCUAAACCCAGUGACAUGAAUGAGGCCAGUAAUCUCAUGCCCAGGGUGAUGGAGAUUGGCAUGCUCAAUGGAAAUGCCCUUCUUAUGUUGAAGAAUACACUGAGUCAUGUAUACAACCCCAUGCUCGCGGUUAGUCAGCUGAAGAUGACUGAUAGAGGUUUUGAAUCAGCAGCAUUAUCCUCUCAGGAUAAAGAGAAAGCAGGAGAGGGCGAGGACAACCUGCCAGUGGAGUCUGUUGGGGCGCUUUUGAUUCGUGACGAGUUGCUCAACAGCACGCACAAGUUUUUGGGCCACAUCAACAUGAUUCUCCAUCAGCUUGAGGGUGAGAUUAAGCUGCACAUCCCUGAUAUAGACUUGAAGCCAGAGGUGGAUAUACUGUUGUCUACCCCAGAGAUGGUAGAAAAGCUGGAGCAGUGUAUGAUGAACUGGCAGACUCAGAUUACCAUUGUUAUUGAGGAGCAACAGAGUAAGAAACCACAGGCACCUGGCCCUUUGGCUGAGAUAGAUUAUUGGCGGGAGCGUACAGCCAUCCUGAGUGCUUUGCGUGAGCAGUUCAAUCUGCCUGUGGUAAAGAAGGUUGUGGAGGUGAUGACCAAAGCAGACUCAGUCACUGUUCAGAACCUGGAACGAACUGUGGCUGAACUUACCAAGUACCGUGAGGAGUCAGCGGAUAAUGUUCGCUUUCUUAACACACUGGAGAGGCACUUCAAGAACCUGGCUACAGGAGCCAACUUUGCUUUGAUCCUGGACACCAUUCCUUCAAUGAUGUACAGUCUACAAUUGGUGUGGAUAAUCUCCAGGCACUACAAUACAGAUGAGCGCAUGGUCCCACUAAUGGAGCGUAUUGCCUGGGAGCUGUGUGAGCGUGUGGCUCGUGUGAUUCAUGUCCGCGUUCUCUUCAAAGAGAAGCGAGAGAUGGCCAAAUCUAAGGUGCAGGAUGCUAAGAAGAUUCUAGACCUGUGGAAGUCAAGUUAUUUUGAGAUGCGUGCCCAGAUUGAGGAGUCAGGCAGAUGUCCCCGCUGGGAAUUUGACUUCAAGAGACUAUUUGGCAAGAGUGAUUACAUGGCUUCCAUCUGCCAGGACUUGUACGAUGCCCUGCAGAUUCUGGAGGAAUUCCAUAACAUCUUUGGCCCGGAGCUCAAAGCUGUGACUGGUGACCCAAGACGCAUUGAUGAUGUACUGCGCAGGGUGGAUAGCCUGAUUGUACCCAUUGAGGGAGUCAGCUUUGACCCAUUCAAUAUGUCUAAAAUGACCAGCUGGAAAAUGAUCAUGCAAGAGUUCAACACCGAGGUUGAGGCUAUUGAAGGAGAGGCCAUCAAGUUCAUUGACCAGUCUUUCAAGACACUGCGCUCUGCAACGGCUGCCUUUGACAUGCUACUGAAAUGUAAACACAUACGUUCCAGAGAGGCCAUCAACAAACAAAUGAUGCAAAAGUUUAAUGAUGUCCUGGCUCAGUAUGACAAAGAGUUGAACAUGAUAACUGGAAUGUUUGAGAUGGAGAAAGACAACCCUCCGUUAAAUAAGAAAGAGCCUCCGGUGGCAGGGGCCAUCUACUGGGUGCGUUGUCUUUUACAUCGCAUCAAAACCCCCAUUCUUCACUUCUUAGCAGAAAUGCCAGAGAUGUUGGAAAGUGAGCACGGCAAAGCGGUCAAGGAAAAAUAUGUUGAGGUGGGAAUGCAGAUGAGGGACUACGAGGUCAAGAAGCAUGAGCACUGGCAAGAAGAGGUAGAAAAGACCCUACCAUCGCUGAUGAACAGAAACUUGCUGAUCAUGACUACCAGUAGACACCAAGGCGAGGCAGAGAUGAGGUCAGAGAGGGACGUUCAAUACAUGGUCAAUUUUGCUUUUGAGAUCAAGGAGAUCAUUGCUGAGGCCAAACAUCUUGGACUACAUGGCUACCCUGUGUCUGAUCUGGUUAUUACCGUGGCUAAACAGGAAGAAAAAUUCAUCAGGUGUGUAGAUGAUCUGAAUGACCUUUUAAAACGCUACCACUCCCUAACGGACAGCCUGAAUGAUGCCAAGUUUUUUAUGCUGGCCAAACAGAUCGACGAGUUCAGGAAAUUGUUGAGCUUUGGAUGCAGGAGACUCAACUGGAAAUCCAUAGGUAUCGCCAAGUUUAUCUCUCAAGCCACUGAAGCUAUCUCUAAGCUUGAGUUUCUUGCCAACCAGAUUAGGAAGAAUGAGAUGGACAUUGAUGCUAAGUUGCAUUUCCUGGAGAUGGCCAACCUUUUCAGAUUUCCAGCUAGAGAAAAAUUAAGUGACUUACCAGGUGUGAGGGAGUUCUGUGAGCUUAUUCAACAAGAACGGGCAAAGGAUCUAAUUUUGCUGAGUAGGAAGUACGCUGACAUUGGGUCCCUUCUCACUAUGACGGAGCGUUUGAUCAUGCAAACCAGCAGUGGCAAAGCCGAAAACAUGACACAAUAUUACACCUACUGGGAAACCAAGGUCUUUGACUCCCUCUUCAAGAUGGUGCUGAGGAACAUUCAAGCCUUUAACAAAGCACUGAUGGGAAGCACCCCUCUUUUCCGAAUUGAAGCCAUCCUCUCUGCCCCUGAGAUUGUGCUGCAGCCCAAGAGCAAUGAUGUUUACAUGCUGAUCAUGCUGUGUGUCAGAAACUGUGUAGAGAGCACCAAGCACUUUGUGCGUUGGAUGCGUGGAACCUGCAUUGAGUGCCCUCCACAGCGUGUGAGUGGAGAAGACGAAGUGGUGGUAUUCAGCUUCUACAGUGAUGUGUAUCCAAAUCCCCGGAUAAAUGAGAGUGCCAUGACAGUGUCCCAAAAUGUUCAGCGACUGCUCAGCUCUGUGGGCCACUACCUUAACUGCUGGAAACACUACGGGCCCCUGUGGAAGAUGGACAAAGCCACUGUCAAUGAAAAGUUUGCAGCAAAAAAGCCUUCCUGUGUUAUGUAUGAUGAUAGGUUACAGUACUAUACUCAUAUCAAUCAGGAGGUGAUGCUGGAGCCUCUUUCCAAGACUGAGCACAUCAUCUAUCUGAACCUGGAGCCUUUGGUUCAGACACUGCGUGAGAAUGCCCAGGCCUGGAUCAGUUCACUGGGCAUGUUUCUCAACCGCUCUGCCAGAGAGGAUCUCUUAAGCCUAAGAGAUGAACUCAAGCAACUCUCUGAAAACCUGAAGCAGAGCCCCAACACAUUGGAAGACUUGAAGUUUGUCCUUGGCACUAUCUCAGACAUCAGGGGCAUGUCUCUGACUGUGGAGAUGAGGUUCACUGAUAUUCAGGAGAGAUAUAGGACUCUGGCCAUGUACAAAAUAGAGGUUGGAGAGGAGGAGCUUGAAUUGGCCACCAGUAUUGACCAACUGUGGGGCGACCUUUUGGCGGAAUCCAGACAAGUGGAUCGAAGUCUGAUACAUGUCAAAAAAUCUUUCGUAGAGAUCACUAAGCAGCAGAUUGAAGAGUUUAAACAGGAGGUGUCUAUUUUUGCUGAGAGCUUCAACAUGCAUGGACCUGGAGCAAUGGGAGAUAAUUUGGAGAAAGGACUGGCCGUUAUGGAAACUUAUGAGGUAGAGCUUGCCAAGAUAGAGGCAGGGCGGCAGGAGUUGGCCAAUGCUGAGAAGCUCUUUGACCUACCAAUCACCAUGUACCCAGAACUGCUCAACGUGCAGAAGGAUAUGAAUGGCUUGCGACAGAUCUUUGACAUCUACAAAGCUCAGAAGGCAGCUAAGACAGAGUGGUCCCAGACUCUGUGGGUGGACUUAAACAUCCAGCUGUUACAGGACGGUGUUGAAAGCUUCAUCAAGAGCUUGAGGAAGCUGCCCAAAGAUGUACGGGCACUGCCUGUGGCCUUCUUCCUUGAGGGCCGCAUGAAGGAAUUCAAAGAGUCUCUGCCUCUUCUGCUGGAUCUGAAGAAUGAAGCGCUCAGAGACAGACACUGGCAGAAACUGAUGGAAAGAUCUGGCACUAGGUUUGAGAUGAACCCUGACAGUUUCACUCUGGAGAAUAUGUUUGCCAUGGAGCUGCACAAGUAUGGAAAUGUCAUAGGUGACAUUGUCACCUCUGCUGUCAAAGAGCUCAGUAUUGAGAAGGGGGUGAAGGAGGUGGUCGAGACAUGGGAAAACAUGGAUUUUGGUGUACAACGCUACUUUAAAGGCACACAGGAACGUGGUUCUAUCCUGGGUGCAGUGGAUGAGAUCCUGCAGAACCUGGAUGAUGAUGCCAUGAACCUGCAGAGUAUGGCAGGCAGCCGUUUUGUAGGACCAUUCCUGGACACUGUUCAACAGUGGGAGAAAACCCUGUCGCUCAUAAGUGAGGUCAUAGAGGUGUGGAUGUUGGUACAACGAAAAUGGAUGUACCUGGAGAGCAUUUUCAUUGGUGGAGACAUCCGCUCUCAGCUACCAGAGGAGGCUAAGAAAUUUGAUAAAAUUGAUAGCGUGUUCAAAAAAAUAAUGAGUGACACAGUGAGGGACCCAAGCAUUAAGCGAUGCUGUUUGGUUCCCAACCGGCUAACAGAUCUGCAGAGCCUGAGUGAUGGUCUAGAGCGGUGCCAGAAGAGUCUCAAUGACUAUCUGGAUUCCAAGCGGAACGCAUUCCCUCGUUUCUUCUUUAUCUCCGAUGAUGAAUUGCUCAGCAUCAUGGGGAGCAGCGACCCUGCCUGUGUCCAAGAGCACAUGAUCAAGAUGUAUGACAACAUAGCAUCUCUGAGGUUUGAAGUGGGAAGCAAUGGGGAGACAGUUGCUGGAGCCCUGGUAUCUGCGGAAGGUGAGAUAAUGGAGUUGAAGAAGCCCAUCCCAGCAGAUGGCAGAGUGGAGGACUGGAUGACUGGAGUAUUGCUGGAGAUGAGGAGAACCAACCGACUCAUCACCAAGGAAGCCAUUUUCUAUUACUGUGAAAACAUGAGCAGGGUGGACUGGAUGUUGCUGUACCAGGGUAUGGUGGUGCUGGCUGGGAACCAGGUGUGGUGGACAUGGGAGGUGGAGGACGUCUUCAACAAAGUGAAGCAGGGAAAGAAGGAUGCUCUUAAAAACUACGCCAAGCAGAUGCACCAGCAGAUUGAUGAGCUGGUGACACGCAUCACACAGCCCAUGAAGAAAAAUGACAGACGUAAAAUUAACACUGUCCUUAUCAUCGAUGUCCAUGCCAGAGACAUUGUUGACAGCUUUGUCAUGAACAGUAUUAUGGACGCCCAUGAGUUUGAGUGGGAAAGCCAGCUGAGGUUCUACUGGUUGCGGGAACCUGAUGAUCUGUUUGUGCAUCAGUGCAGUGCCACUUUCUCCUAUGGCUAUGAAUACAUGGGUUUGAACGGUCGGCUGGUUAUAACGCCGCUGACUGACCGCAUCUACCUAACCCUCACACAGGCUCUCUCCAUGUACCUUGGUGGAGCCCCUGCUGGACCAGCUGGUACAGGAAAGACAGAGUCCACCAAAGACCUGGCCAAGGCUUUAGGCCUCCUCUGUGUGGUUACAAACUGUGGAGAGGGCAUGGACUACAAGGCUGUUGGGAAGAUCUUUUCUGGCCUUGCUCAGUGUGGAGCUUGGGGCUGCUUUGAUGAGUUCAACCGUAUUGAUGCUGCGGUGCUAUCUGUCAUUUCCUCCCAAAUUCAGACCAUCCGCAAUGCUCUGAUCAUGCACCUCAAGAGGUUCCAUUUUGAAGGCCAGGAAAUCAGUUUGGAUGGCCGCAUGGGGAUUUUCAUCACCAUGAACCCAGGUUACGCAGGGCGCACAGAGCUGCCAGAGUCAGUCAAAGCCCUCUUCAGACCUGUGGUAGUUAUUGUGCCUGACCUGCAGCAGAUAUGUGAGAUCAUGCUCUUCUCUGAGGGAUUCCUCAUGGCCAAGAUACUGGCAAAGAAGAUGACAGUGCUGUAUAAACUAGCCCGUGAGCAGCUAUCCAAGCAGUCUCAUUAUGACUUUGGCCUGCGUGCCCUGAAAUCUGUACUAGUGAUGGCAGGAGAACUGAAGCGAGGCUCGCCAGACCUCAAUGAGGAUGUGGUGUUGAUGCGUGCCCUAAGAGACAUGAACCUGCCUAAAUUUGUCUUUGAGGAUGUGCCUCUUUUCCUUGGACUGAUCUCAGACUUGUUCCCUGGGCUGGACUGCCCUCGUGUUCGCUAUCCCACCUUCAACGACACCGUAGAUCAGACCUUACAAGAAAAUAAAUAUGUCCUGCUGCCUAACCAGGUGGAUAAAGUGGUUCAGAUGUAUGAAACUAUGAUGACUAGGCACACUACCAUGGUGGUGGGCCCGACAGGUGGAGGAAAAUCAGUUGUGAUCAGCACAUUAUGUCAAGCGCAGACCAAAUUAGGGUUGCUGACCAAGAUGUAUCCCCUGAACCCUAAAGCCAUGAGUGUGAUUGAACUUUAUGGCAUUCUGGACCCUGUCACUCGAGACUGGACAGAUGGGAUCCUCUCCAACAUCUUCCGUGACAUCAACAGGCCUACUGAGAAAAAAGAAAGGAGGUACAUUCUGUUUGAUGGGGAUGUGGAUGCUCUGUGGGUAGAGAAUAUGAACUCAGUGAUGGAUGACAACAAGCUCCUCACUCUGGCCAAUGGAGAGAGGAUCCGUUUACAGGGUCACUGUGCCCUGCUGUUUGAGGUUGGAGAUCUGCAGUAUGCUUCCCCUGCCACUGUGUCCCGCUGUGGGAUGGUGUUUGUUGAUCCCAAAAAUCUUCGGUACACCCCGUACUGGCAGAGAUGGCUUAACAAGAGACCGUCCAUGGAACAACACGACCUGAACAAGCUGUUUGAAAAAUAUGUGCCCAGCACUAUUGACAUGAUUGUGGAUGGUAUUGUUGAUGGAAAACAGGGAAAGAAACUGAAGACUAUUGUCCCUCAGACAGAUCUGAACAUGGUGACUCAGCUGUCCUUGAUGUUAGAUGCCCUGCUGGACACCGAGUGCGACAGUGCAGAGGUUUUGGAGUGUUACUUCCUGGAAGCUCUGUGCUGCUCUCUUGGGGCCACACUACUUGACAGUGGCAGGACCAAGUUUGAUGAGUUCAUUAAGAAAUUGUCAGGUUUACCCUCAGUCCAUGAUGAGAACACGAUGGCUGGGCCUGGAGAGAUCCCAGGAAACCUACCAACACUCUAUGAUUUCCAUUUUGAUGGAGUGCAGCAGAAGUGGGUUCCCUGGAAUUCUCUGGUCACCAAAUACAUCCAUAACUCUGAAAUGAAGUUUAUAGAUAUUCUAGUCCCAACUGUGGACACUACCAGAGCCAACUGGAUGCUGGAGCAAAUGGUGAAGAUAAAGAGACCUGUAGUUCUGGUUGGAGAGGCUGGCACCUCCAAAACUGCCACCACUCAGAACUUCCUGAAGAAUCUCAAUGCAGAUACCACAAUGACUCUAGUCAUCAACUUCUCAUCCAGGACCACCUCAAUGGACCUGCAGAGGAACCUUGAGGCCAAUGUGGAGAAAAGGACGAAAGAAACUUACGGACCUCCAAUGGGGAAGAGACUGUUGGUCUUUAUAGAUGACCUGAACAUGCCAAAGGUGGAUGAUUAUGGUACACAGCAGCCUAUUGCACUACUGAAGCUGUUAUUGGACCGUGGAGGCAUGUAUGACAGAGGGAAGGAGCUUAACUAUAAAAUCCUUAAGGACCUUGGCUUUAUUGCCGCCAUGGGGAAGGCAGGAGGUGGGAGGAACGAGGUGGAUCCCCGCUUCAUCUCCCUCUUCAGCGUUUUCAGCAUCCCCUUCCCUGAGGAGGCAUCCCUCCACCUCAUCUACGCUUCCAUCCUCAAAGGCCACACUGAAGCAUUUGAGGAAGGUAUACAAAAGGUUUGUGAUAAAAUCACUCUCUGCACGCUUGAACUCUACAAGAACAUCAUCAAAGACCUUCCACCCACUCCCUCAAAGUUUCACUAUAUUUUCAACCUGAGGGAUCUGUCAAGGGUCUACAAUGGACUGACCCUGACCACGGCUGAGAGGUUUUUGACAGUCACUGAGUUUGUGCGUGUUUGGAGGAACGAGUGCCUGAGAGUAUUCCAUGAUAGACUCAUCAGUGAAACAGACAAAACUUUGGUCCAAGGCCAUAUAAAGAACCUAAUUGAUGAGCAUUUUAAGUCAGACCUGGAGGCAGCCAUGAGGGACCCCAUCCUGUUUGGAGACUACAGGACAGCCCUCAAUGAGUCUGAACCAAGGGUCUAUGAGGACAUACAGGACUAUGAGGCUUCCCAAACCAUGUUUCAGGAAAUUCUAGAGGAGUACAAUGAGAAUAAGUCAAGGAUGAACCUAGUACUGUUUGAUGAUGCCCUGGAGCAUCUGACCCGGGUGCAUCGCAUCAUUCGUAUGAACCGUGGCCACGCCCUGCUAGUGGGAGUUGGGGGCUCUGGCAAGCAGUCCCUCACCAAGCUUGCUGCCUUCACUGCCGGCUGUGAGGUGUUUGAGAUCACGCUAAGCCGUGGAUACACAGAGGCCAACUUCCGUGAGGACCUAAAAACCCUGUACUUGAAGCUUGGCAUUGAAAAUAAGAAGAUGGUGUUCUUGUUCACCGAUGCUCAUGUUGCUGAGGAAGGCUUCCUGGAACUCAUUAACAACAUGCUCACCUCUGGCAUUGUUCCUGCACUGUUCCCUGAUGAUGAGAAAGAGUCAGUUCUCAACCAGCUUCGUGAUGAGGCCAUGAAGAUGGGGUCAGGCCCCUCCAAGGAGAGUUUGUGGCAGUACUUUGUUAACAAGAGUGCCAACAAUCUACACAUUGUUUUGGGCAUGUCCCCAGUGGGAGACACCCUGAGAACACGUUGCAGGAACUUCCCAGGACUGGUGAACAACACUGGGAUAGACUGGUUCCUUCCAUGGCCCCCGCAGGCAUUACAUGCUGUGGCACAGUCUUUCCUUGGCGAGAAUCCAAUGAUCCCUGAGUCACACUGUGCAGCAGUGAUAGCCCAUGUAUGCAUGGUCCACGGCUCUGUGGGAGAGUACAGCAAGAUGUUCCUGCAGAAACUAAGACGCAGUAACUAUGUCACCCCAAAGAACUACUUGGACUUCCUUAGCACAUAUUCCAACCUCCUUAAGGACAAGGACCAAUACAUCCUGGCUCAGUGCAAGCGCCUAGAAGGAGGCUUGGAUAAGCUGAAGGAGGCCAGUGAGCAACUGACUGAGCUCAAUGCCAAGCUGGCAGAGCAGAAGGUUGUCCUAGCAGAAAAAUCCUCAGCUUGUGAGGAACUGUUGGAGGAGAUCUGCACGAACACCACUGUGGCUGAAGAGAAGAAGACCCUGGCAGAAGACAAAGCCAAAGAGAUUGAGGAGCAGAACAAAGUGAUAGCUGUUGAGAAGAAAGAUGCUGAAAGUUCCCUGGCUGAGGCUCUGCCUGCCUUGGAGGCAGCCCGCAUUGCCCUGCAAGACCUGGACAAAUCUGAUGUCACAGAGAUCCGAUCCUUUGCCAAGCCACCCAAACAGGUGCAGGUGGUAUGUGAGUGUAUCCUGGUGAUACGUGGCCACAAGGAGAUCAGUUGGCAGGCAGCCAAGGGGAUGAUGUCAGAGGCUAAUUUCCUGCGAUCUCUGAUGGAGAUGGACUGUGAUUCCAUAAAUGCAAGCCAGGUCAAAACUGUCAAAGGCUUCCUGGCAAACCUCCAGACUAGCUUUGAGGAGAUGCAGGCAAUCAGUAAAGCUGGCUCGGGAAUGCUCAAGUUUGUGGAAGCUGUCAUGGGUUACUGUGAUGUUGCCAGGGAGAUAAAACCCAAGAGAGAGAAGGUGGCACGUUUAGAGAGGAACUUCUUCCAGAGCAAGCGGGAGCUGGAGCAUAUUCAGAAUGAGCUAAGUGCUAUCCAGAAGGAGUUGGGAGCUCUUGGGGACAAAUACCACGCUGCCAUGGCGGAAAAACAGCUGCUGCAGGAGGAGGCUGAGGUUAUGGAAAGAAGGCUCAUAGCUGCUGACAAGCUCAUCUCUGGCCUGGGCUCCGAGAACGAGCGUUGGACGCUUGAUUUGGAGGAGUUGAAGCAGCGGCGUGUGCGUCUUCUAGGUGACUGUCUGAUCUCUGCUGCUUUCCUGAGCUAUGAGGGAGCCUUCAGCUGGGACUUUAGGAAUGAGAUGGUGUACCAGAUGUGGGAGAAGGACGUAUUGGAGAGAAGCAUCCCCCUGAGCCAGCCUUUUAGAGUGGAGAAUCUUCUGAUUGAUGAGGUGGAAAUCAGCAGGUGGGGGUCAGAGGGUUUGCCCCCAGAUGAGCUGUCAGUCCAGAACGGAAUCCUCACCACCAGAGCCAGCCGCUUCCCCAUGUGUAUUGACCCCCAACAGCAAGCACUCAACUGGAUUAAGAAGAAGGAGGAAAAAAACAACCUCAAGAUCUCCUCUUUCAAUGAUCCAGACUUCUUAAAACAGCUAGAGAUGGCCAUCAAGUUUGGCUUCCCUUUCCUUUUUCAAGAUGUCGAUGAGUACAUUGACCCUGUCAUUGACAAUGUCCUUGAGAAAAAUGUAAAAGGAGCAGAGGGCAGGCAGGUUAUUUUGCUGGGAGACAAAGAGGUGGACUAUGAUCCCAACUUUAAACUCUACCUCAACACCAAGCUGGCAAACCCCAAGUAUUCCCCCUCUGUUUUUGGAAAAGCCAUGGUCAUUAACUAUACUGUGACCCCCAAGGGUCUGGAGGACCAGCUGCUGAGCGUUAUUGUAGGCUUUGAGAGAAAGCAGUUGGAAGAGCAACGCGAGCGUUUGAUCCAAGAGACAAGUGAGAAUAAGAAGCUGCUGAAAGACCUCGAGGACUCCCUGCUUAGAGAGCUGGCCACGUCUACAGGCAACAUGUUGGACAACACAGAGCUUGUCCUCACACUGGAGGAGACUAAGUCAAAAGCCAGUGAGGUAUCUGAGAAGCUUAAGCUGGCUGAGAAGACAGCAGUGGACAUAGAUAAGUUGAGAGAUGGAUACCGUCCAGCUGCCAAGCGUGGUGCCAUCCUGUUCUUUGUAUUGGCAGAAAUGGCUGUAGUUAACAGCAUGUACCAGUACUCUCUCGCCUCCUACCUGGAAGUAUUUGACUUUUCGCUGCGCAGAUCCCUGUCUGACUCCAUCCUGUCCGAAAGGUUGAAGAACAUCAUGAACACUCUGACACACAAUGUUUAUAACUAUGGCUGCACAGGUCUAUUUGAGAGACACAAGCUGCUCUUCUCCUUCAACAUGACCAUAAAGAUUGAGCAGGCAGAAGAGAGGGCACCUCAGGAGGAGUUGGAGUUCUUCCUCAAGGGUAAUCUAUCCUUGGAAAAGAGCAAGCGCACAAAGCCAUUUACCUGGCUUCCAGACCAGGGCUGGGAGGACAUUAUGAAGCUAGCUGAGCUCUUCCCUGAGCAAUUUGGAUCUCUGCCUGAUGAUGUGGAGAAAAACCCCAGUGACUGGAAAUCUUGGUAUGACCUGGAUGGGCCAGAGCAGGCUCCCUUUCCCAUGAAGUAUAAGGAAAAUCUGACAGCCUUCCAGAAGCUGCUGUUGCUGCGCUGCUUCCGUCUUGAUAGAGUGUAUAGAGCUGUCACUGACUAUGUCACUGUCACCAUGGGCGAGAAAUAUGUGCAGCCUCCAGUGAUCAGCUUUGAUGCCAUCUAUGAACAGAGCACACCUACCUCCCCCAUUGUCUUCAUCCUUAGUCCUGGCUCUGACCCAGCCAGUGACCUCAUGAAACUAGCAGAAAGGUCAGGAGUUGGAGGCAGAAAGCUUAAAUUCCUUGCCAUGGGGCAGGGCCAAGAGAAGGUGGCACUACAGUGGCUGAAUACGGCAGUGUCCCGGGGUCAGUGGCUAAUGCUCCAGAACUGCCACCUCCUGGUGAAGUGGUUGAAAGAGCUGGAGAAGUCACUGGAGAGAAUUACCAAGCCCCACCCUGACUUCCGCCUGUGGCUCACCACCGACCCCAUCAAGGACUUCCCCAUUGGCAUCCUGCAAAAGUCUCUAAAGGUAGUGACGGAGCCUCCCAAUGGUCUUAAGUUGAACAUGAGAGCCACAUACUCCAAGAUCUCUGAUGAGACCUUGAUGGCUUGCCCACACCCUGCCUUCCGCAGCUUGGUCUAUGUGCUGGCCUUCUUCCAUGCUGUAGUGCAAGAGAGGCGCAAGUAUGGCAAGAUUGGCUGGAAUGUCCCGUAUGACUUCAACGAGUCUGACUUCCUUGUGUGUAUGGAGAUCCUGAAUACCUAUUUGACCAAAGCACACGAUCAAGGAGACUGUGCUAUUCCCUGGGGAAGUCUGAAGUACCUUAUUGGAGAGGUGAUGUAUGGUGGGCGAGCUAUAGAUAGCUUCGACCGCAGGAUACUGACUGUGUACAUGGAUGAGUAUCUAGGAGACUUCAUCUUUGACACCUUCCAGCCUUUUCACUUCUUCCACAACAAGGAUGUGGACUAUAAGAUUGCACCCAACGGCCACAAGCAAACAUAUGUCGAGGAGAUUGAGUCCCUACCCUUAGCAAACACACCAGAAGUAUUGGGUCUGCAUUCCAAUGCGGAGAUAGGAUAUUACACACAGGCAGCUCGAGACAUGUGCACCCAUCUAAUAGAGCUGCAGCCUCAGACUGGUGAGUCUGGCAGGAGCAUCAGCAGGGAUGAGUACAUCGGCCAGGUGGCCCAGGACAUCCAGAACAAGCUGCCCAAAGUGUUUGAUUUGGACGUGAUCCGCAAGAAGUUUGGUCUGGACAUUUCCCCCACAUCAGUGGUGUUACUUCAGGAACUGGAGCGCUUCAACAGACUGGUGGUCCGCAUGCAACGCUCUCUUGCUGAGCUGCAGAAGGCCUUGGCUGGUGAGGUGGGUAUGAGCAAUGAGCUUGACGAAGUUGCUCGGGCCCUCUUCAACGGUCAUAUCCCUGCCAUCUGGAGGAAGCUGGCUCCCGACACUCUAAAGUCCCUGGGCAACUGGAUGAUUCAUUUUAAGAUGCGUCAUGAACAGUAUAGCUCCUGGGUGGAUAAGGGAGAGCCAAAUGUGAUGUGGCUGUCAGGACUUCACAUCCCUGAGUCCUACCUGACUGCCUUGGUCCAGUCCACAUGCAGAAAGAAUGGCUGGCCUCUGGAUCGUUCCACUCUCUACACACAGGUGACCCAGUAUCGCAGUGAGGAUGAAGUUGAUGAGAAACCUGGACAGGGCUGCUUUGUGUCUGGCCUGUAUCUGGAGGGUGCAGACUGGGACAUGGAGAAGGGCUGUUUAGUAAAGAGCAAACCCAAAGUUCCGGUAGUCCAGCUACCCAUCCUCAAGGUCAUCCCAAUAGAGACACGCCGCCUCAGAUUACAGAAUACGCUGAGGACACCAGUGUACACUACGUCCUUACGGAGAAAUGCUAUGGGUGUGGGACUGGUGUUUGAGGCAGACCUGUUCACCACCACACACAUCUCCCAUUGGGUGCUCCAAGGUGUCUGUCUCUGCCUCAACUCUGACUAAAGACAUGCCCUCAGUCUCACCAGUGUGGCCUGAUAUUGCACAAUCUGUUCUUACAUCCUUGUCCAUUGUAACUAAAGAUGAGCUUUAAUGUCUUUGACUUAAGGAAAUAAUAAUUUUAAUGACAACAUAAUAAAUGUUAUCCUGAAAAGU